AUGGCUUCAAAGCAGGCGCAGAAACACCCUGGCCAGAUCGAAAUAACCUCGCUGCCGGUUCCGCAGCUGCAAGAACUGAAGACGCAACUGGACCGCGAGCUCGAGCACCUCACAACAUCGUUCCAAUCGCUACGAACAGCACAAUCCAAGUUCCGCGACUGCCUCAAAUCCAUUUCUCAGGGCAUCAACCCAUCCACGGCCGACAAGCCGCUCCUUGUGCCCUUGACGUCCUCGCUUUACGUUCCCGGACGCCUCACAUCAUCCACGCAUGUUCUCAUAGAUAUUGGGACCGGCUUCUUCGUCGAGAAGAGCACGGAAGAUGCGACAGACUUCUAUAACCGAAAGGUCAAAGACUUGGGAGACAGCCUGAAGGAUCUGGAGCAGGUUAUCAACGGGAAAGCGAACAACGUCAGGAUGGUCGAGGAAGUGAUCCGGGUCAAGGUGCUGAGCGCACAGGAGGCUAGCCAGAAGGACAGUCAGGGGAGCUGA